CCUAUGUUUCCCCUCCACCAGAAACCAAAGCUCCUAACCUUAAACGACAUAGCCGGAUGGUUGUUCCGAAAACCGCCUCUCUCUCUCUCUCUCUUCCUCUGCAUUACUUAGUAACAACGGCAAGAAGAAGAAGAAGAAGAAGAAAUCCCUCCUCAAGGACGUUCUCGCUAUACCCUUCUCUUUUCCGUUCAUAGUUUUCUCUGCAUAGGUCUCUCUUGUUCAUGGCGGUACCUGUUAGAACAUUGGCUGCCAUUUCGGUGGCGUGGCUCGUCCUCUUCCAAGUUGCUCUCAUCGCCGUCGACGCGGCUUUCGAUUACAAAAACGCUCUCUCCAAGUCCCUCAUAUUCCUAGAGGCUCAGAGAUCAGGAAAGCUCCCUCCAAAUCACAGGCCCUCCUGGAGAGGAGAUUCUGCGCUUGACGAUGGAAAAGAAGCAAAUGUGGACCUUGUUGGAGGGUAUUACGAUGCUGGCGACAACGUAAAGUUCGGACUGCCCAUGGCAUUUACGGUCACCACCCUCUCUUGGGCUGCUCUAUUUUAUCAGAAAGAGCUUCAAGCAGCUGGGGAAUUGGAGAAUGUUCGCUCCGCCAUCAAAUGGGGCACCGAUUAUUUCCUCAAGGCCAGUUCUAGGAAAAAUCGUUUAUAUGUGCAGGUCGGAGACCCAGUACCGGAUCACCAGUGUUGGGUAAGACCAGAAAAUAUGCAGACUGCUAGGACAGUCCUGAAGAUCGACGAGAGCACUCCAGGAACAGAAAUUGCCGCUGAAACUGCAGCCGCAAUGGCCGCUUCUUCCAUGGUCUUUAGACGCUUGGACCGUGCCUACGCUCGCCGCCUCCUCAAUAAAGCCAAACUGCUAUUCCAAUUCGCCAAGUCUCACAAAGGAAGUUUCGAUGGAGAGUGCCCCUUCUACUGCUCGUUCUCCGGCUACAAUGAUGAGCUUCUGUGGGCAGCAUCCUGGCUAUACAUGGCCACGAGGAGAAGUGUGUACCUCGACUACAUCAAGUAUGAGUCGAUCUCUUCUAGUGUCACUGAAUUUAGCUGGGACCUCAAGUAUGCCGGGGCACAGGUUCUUCUCUCAGAGCUGUACUUCCGAGGAGACCAGGCCUUAGAGAACUUCAAAACACAAGCUGACAGCUUUAUCUGCUCAAUCCUUCCUGAUAGCCCCUACCACCAGGUUUACCUCACCCCAGGAGGCAUGCUGUAUUUGAGGAGUGGGGCAAACACGCAAUAUGUGACCGGAACAUCGUUCUUGUUCGAUAUCUAUGCCGAUACGUUAGCCAAACACAACCAGAAAGUCGUCUGCGGAGACAAGCAGUUCGACUCCACGCACCUCCAGGCUUUCGCCAAGCGACAGAUGGAUUACCUACUUGGGAAUAACCCGCUAGGAAGAUCGUACAUGGUCGGCUUCGGCAACAACCCGCCGACCCAACCCCAUCACCGAGGCUCGUCCGUGCCCAUAUUAGCCCCCAACGAGGCGGUGAACUGCCCCAUGAGCUUCGUGAAAUGGUUUUCCCCGGACGUCCCCAACCCCAACGAGCUCACCGGCGCAAUCAUGGGCGGGCCCGACCGCAACGACCUCUUCGAGGACAAACGCUGGUUGUCCUCCAUGACUGAGCCUUGCACCUACGUCAAUUCCCUCGCCAUCGGCUCUCUCGCGAAGCUCGCCACGCGCCAUGCAUAGUCAAAGACAUGUACCAUAUACACAUUGGUUGAUUUGUUCAUGCACCAAAGUAUUCAUUGAUCCGGCCCCCAACAUGCAAAAAGGUCGAUGGCGGCGAAUUAUCGAAUGUAGAUUUUAUUCUUAUGUAACUUUGAAUAGCUAAUUGAUUGCGCCUUUGAAUUGGGGCGGUUUCAGUGGUGAUUAU